AGCAAAGCAAAGUCGAGCACCCUUGCAUUAGUUGAUAUCGGCUGUCACAUAAUCUUUAUUUUUAACCUUUCUCCACCAUGCCAAACAAUGGCCCGCAGAGUGGCAUUCGGAAACAACGCAAAUCUCGCGGUCGGGGCCUACGGACUAACGCGGGCUGCUUAAUUUGCAAGCGUCGCCACGUCAAAUGUGAUGAAAUCCGCCCACAAUGUGGACCAUGCGCAAAGGGUCAACGGCCCUGCGUUUAUGGGGAUGACAAUAUUACUACUUCUCACACGACGUCUAUAAACACAACCCCGAGUCAAGAUGUUCCCACGGUGAUAAGUUCCCAGGCACAAAUCCACGAACCCUUGCAAGUGCUUGUGGAUGCAUGUCACCAAGAACACCCGAUACAACUAAGGAAUUUUAAUCAAACAUUAGCCCCCAAUCGAUCCAAUCACCGUCAGAUUUCGAGCAGAUCAGUGUCGUCUCCGCUUCACGAGUAUGUCCCUUCACCUGGUACAGAAUCAUCAGCGGCCUCAUCGAGGGUGGCGCCCCUGAGCUGGUUUGAGCUUCUGGCUCAGGAUGCCGCAAAUGCAGACAGAGAGUUUUUGCUAUCCCCUCAGCAAAGAUUCCCAUUGCCGACGGCAGAAGAAGCUUCAAUAAACUCAGCGCGAAGUCCGGCCUUUGAGCCACGAAAUCUGAGAGAACGGGAAAGCUUUCAGGCAGCAUCAUUUCACCAUGACCCUGAAAUGGGAAAGAAAGUUCCGUUGGCAGCUGUUGAUGAGCAGUCACAAGCUCUUCCGGACGUGCCAUCUUCGUGGAGCACAACGGCUCCCAUUCAUCUAUCAGAACAGGAAUUCCCGUUAUUUACUCAUUUUGUACAGACGUUCAGCGGCUGGUUGGACUUUUUCGACUCAACUCAGCAGUUCUGUUCUGUCGUUCCUCAUCUGGCUCUGAGAAAUACCGGUCUGAUGAAGGCAUUAUUGGCGUUAUCGGCGAGACAUCUGACGCUUCUCAGGGAAACCCCUGGGGAUCGUCACCAUUCUGAGUCAUCAUAUUCAGUUGAUCGGAACGUCGCCGUUCGCUAUUAUUAUGAAACACUGCAUUACCUGAACAAGGCUAUGCGCUAUCAAUCAUAUGCUGGAAGCCAGGAGCUAAUUUCCACAGCCCUCUUGAUUAGUACCUAUGAGAUGAUUGAUGGCUCCAACCGAGACUGGGAGCGGCACCUCAAAGGGGUAUUCUGGAUACAGCGAUAUCAAAACAACGAUGGUGAAUGCGGAGGCCUCCGUCAAGCCGUAUGGUGGGCCUGGCUUAGGCAGGAUGUAUGGGUAGCUAUGCGCGAGCGGCGCCGAGUCUUCAGUUUCUGGAGGCCAAAAAAGCAUGUUUCAGUCCUCACAAUACCCGAACUAACGACCCGUGCGAUCUACCUGCUCGCACAGUGCGUCAACUACUCUUCACGGGAAGAGUCAGAAUCGACUGACCUGGAGCAACGCUUGGAACGAGGAAACGAGUUACUAUAUAUGUUACAAGAAUGGCAAGACUGUCUUCCACGGGAAUUCACCCCACUCCCAGUUCCUUCAAGCUCCGAUGUCUUUCCCCCAAUAUGGGUCAAUCCCCCGCCUUGUGCGGCUGCUUUGCAGAUGCAUAGCCUGGCCAGGAUCAUGGUCAUUCUACACCGUCCUUCCAUUGGCGGACUUCAAGACUAUCGAGCUGCGCAGAAACUUCUUACAUCCUCUCUUUGCACUAUUUGUGGAAUUGCUCGCAUGAACGACGAAAAUGAUGACAUGGCUUUUAGUGUCUCACUCCAGUGUUUAUAUGGAGCGGGACUCGGUGUUCAUACUCCUCAUGAACGUGCUGCAUUACUUGGUCUCCUAGACAAGUGUCAACGACGAAUACGCUGGCCUGCAGACUCCUUAACAAAUGAACUUGAGGCCGAAUAUCAGAAAGAUGAACUCUCUGCGUUUGCUAGAUGAUUUUGUUUUUGACGUACGCAUUAUUGAUCCAACUUCCGAAUAGGGUGGUCAGAUAUCGACCGUUAGUAUCAGCGAAGAGCAAGGGAAUUCUGCAACGGUCACCAGAACCAUCAAAGAGCCUCUCCAUUUGCGUCAUUCAUGAACUCCAGUUGACGGCCAAGAAGCGCCAUCCUCUUUGUGCCUUCAGGCACAUUCCCUUCCAGCUAAUACAAGAAAUCCGCGGCGCAGUACAUCUCUGGAUCACAUGUGGUGCAUUACCUCCUAUUAUGGUGUGUAUUCGUCAGGGACUCAUAAUAUAUAUACAUUUGUUCGUUAUUCGUAACAAGGGCCUACUGCCAUUGUCGCCAAUAGUGAUUGGUACGUGCCAGUUGUUCAACCUUGUGGUCAUAUCUUAAGAUACAACCACACGCAAAAUUCUGCAAUCAAAAGUCCAACUCCUACUGCC